AAUAUAACUCAAACAAAGGGAAAAAGAAUUGGGGGUUAGGAGGCCGCAGGCAGAGUGUAGGAAAGGGACUGUAAUGGGCGAAGCUUUGCUCGAUCUUGAACAACUUCUCAGUUCCAAAAAGGAAAAAUUGACUCCUCAGGAGGCAAAUAUUCUUCUAUCAUGGAAAUCUAAAGCAUUUAGGGAUUUUACUGCUAGUGCACUUGCUGGGGGUACUGCCACAUGGGCAGCAACUUGGAAACUCAGUAAACCAUUAAGAGUCAACCUUUCAGCUGGAGCUACUGCUUUCGUUGGACUGUGGAUAUUUCGUAGAUCUUUGUAUUCUUGUGUAGAUCAGAUUCUUACACUGGAUGGGAGUAUAUUACAGAAGGAGUUAGCGAAUAUAAUGGUGACAAAGUACCCGAAUGAUCCUUUGCUAAUGCAGCUAAUAUCUAAGCAUUUCUAUUCGGAGAAGAUUUUUGAUGAUUCAACGUCUAAUAAUCCUAAAUUAAGAUGGCGAUACCGGAAUUUCUUUAGCGAUAAUGUAGUCUAUGGUCAUAGGAAAGAUGAUCAUGACUCUUAUGAUUAUUCCGAAGGAGACUCUCAUGAUGAUUCCUAUAAUAAUUCCCAAGGCGAGUCUGAAAUUGUCACUGACAGCGAAAGAACAAAUCUUGAAGCCAAACAUAUUUUUAAAAAAGCUUGUCCUGAUAUCAUGUCAGAGAUAGACCCUCUUGAAUGUCUUUUUGGUUAUGGUGCUCCAUUGGAGGAGAUUCAUCAUCCUCAUUCCCCAAAUAAACCAUCGGGAACGAAUAGUCGGGGUCAUAGAAGAUUUCACCGUAGGCGUCGGGUGCGUAAUCAUAAUCAUGAAGACCUUUCAAACUCAGAGCAUGCAGCAGCUGUUUGACUGUCACCUAAUAUGUUAGGAUUAUAUGCUUUUGUUUUCUUAGCAACGUUCAGAUUUGAUCCCUUUUCUCCAAACAGUGUUACAGAAAGGAAGAGUGUUCCGAGUAUGUUCAGUAUCAUUAGUAUUUAAGAUUAUCAUGGUAAGUUAUAUCACAUAUUAUUAUAAAUCAGACUUUCU